UACGAGCUUCGCAGUCUUUGAUAAUUUUUCGAAUCAAACAUUUGGCGAGCUAAAAAAUGAAAAUGUUUAGAAAGUUGUGAGAGGCAACACAAGAAAGAUUUUAACCAUUUUUGCAAGAGACCGAGAGGAAAAAAUUGCAGCAUUUUAGCACAUGUAUACGUGGUGAAGAAAGCGAUUGGAGAGGCGAUUCUGUUUACCACAUCUCAGCAUUACAAAUCCAAUCCAAUCCAAACUAUUUGGAUUCAAAGAUCUGUCGAAGAAAAAGAAAAAGAAAAAGAAUGGCGGACGAUGGGCGAAACAGGGCGGAAUGCGAGCGAAUCUUCAACCGCUUCGACAGCAACGGCGACGGCCAGAUCUCGCUGUCGGAGCUUGAGAGCGCUCUCAGCGCCCUCGGCUCCUCCUCGCCGGAGGAGGUCCGGCGGCGGAUGUCGGAGAUCGACAAGGACGGCGACGGCUACAUUUCGCUCGAAGAACUCUGCGAUUUCCAGAGGGCCAAUCCCGAUUUGAUGAAGGAGGUUUGCAAGAGGCUUUAGGGUUUCUCUUGCUUUGUAUGAAAUGAAUCUGAUAAUAUUAAUUUAAUUCCUUUUUCAAUUUAUUUCGCCCAAAUUUGUUUAAUUGGGAACCUUAAUUCUAAUUUUCGAUUUUUUUUAUUCUUCUUUUCCAAAUGUUUAAUUAAUUCAUCCUCCCCUUUG